CAAACUCCUCAGGUGAAUACCACAUAAGGAGACAUGGCAACGAGUGAACUUCUUGAGAACGCAGCUGUGAGCGUGCCUACGUCUGCAGCGUCUGUGUACAAGGACGAGUGCAUCUACUGCUUCCACUCGCCGCUGAACGAGAAUGGCCUCUUUGUCUCUCUCUCCUCCUUCCACGGCCUGUGCCGGAGGCAUGUCGAGGCCUAUGCCGCACGGACCAACGAGCAACUGUACUUGCACAUUAAGAUGACCGAACGCGCGCCGAAGGACGAGCCGGCUCCGAUGGAGGAAGAGAAGGUGGCGCCGACAAAGAUGGCCCUUGGGGUCGAGGGUGGGUUCCAGCUGGUGAAGACCGAGUACGACUAUGACUACGCCAUCGCUGUCCUGCCCGCGCUGGAGAUGCUGGCCCUGGACAUGGUGCCGGCACGGGUCCGUGAGGCUGCCGACGCAGUCAUUGUUGCCGAAUCAGCGUCGUUUGUCGACGACGUGGCGGCAUGGGAGGGUGAGAACAUCAAGGUCUCGGACCACGCCGAGUCGCUGGUCCAGCUCGAUAACGGGGUCAAGAUCCCGCCCUCGGGCUGGAAGUGCGCCAUGUGCGACCUGACGACCAACCUCUGGCUCAACCUCUCCGACGGCACCAUCCUCUGCGGGCGCAAGAACUGGGACGGUUCUGGUGGAAACGGGCAUGCCCUCGAGUACUACCAGCAGACCGGCUACCCGCUGGCAGUCAAGCUCGGAACUAUCACCGCAGAGGGCGGCGACGUGUACUCGUACGCCGAAGAUGACUCGGUCAAGGACCCGCUCCUUGCCACUCACAUGGCGCACUUUGGCAUCAACGUUGCCAUGCUCGAGAAGACCGAGAAGACCGUGUCCGAGAUGGAGGUCGACCUCAACCGCAACUACGAGUUUUCGCGCAUCACCGAGUCUGGCGAGGAUCUUGUCUCGCUCUUUGGCCCGGGCUUUACCGGCAUGGUCAACAUCGGCAACUCGUGCUAUUUUAACUCGCUCAUGCAGGUCCUCUUUGCUCUUCCCGAGUUCCGCGCCCGCUUUGCGGCGACGCCGGCCGUCGACGCUGUCUUUGUCGCUACACCGCCGCACGAGGUCGUCUCCUCUCUCCACGCCCAGCUCGCCAAGCUCGGCGCCGGCCUCCUCUCCGGCGACUACUCGCAGCCCAAGCCUGCGCCGCUCCCGCCGGGCGCCGACCCGCCCGAGACGCCCAAGUUCGUCCAAGACGGCAUCCGCCCACGCAUGCUCAAGUACCUCCUUGGUCGUGGCCACGCCGAGUUUUCCACCAAGGCCCAGCAGGACGUCGAAGAGUACUUCCGCCACGUGAUCACUGUUCUUGAGCGUGCUGAUCACGCCGCGGGCACCUCCGAUGCCGACCUGACCCACCUCUUUAAGGUUACCCUCGAGGACCGCUACCAGUGUUCGGCUUCGUCGGCCGUCCGCUACGAGGACCGCGAGGACGUCGUACUCUCCAUCAACAUCCCCAUGGAUGCCGCCACCAACGCUGACGCCGUCGCCGAGUAUGAAGCCCGCAAGGCCGCCGCCGCCGCCUCUGGCGCCAAGCCUGAGGGCGAGCCGGUCUCGGCCGCCAUCCCCUUUGACGCCUGCCUCAGCCACACCUUUGCCCCGUCGUCGCUCGACGGCUUCUACUCGUCGGCCAUCGGCGCCCGCACCACCGCCUCUGUCACCACCAAGAUCAAGACCUUCCCCAAGUACCUCAUGGUCCAGAUGCGCAAGUUCUCGGUCUCGGCCGACUGGCGCCCGAUCAAGCUUGACGUCUCCAUCCCGCUCCCGCUCGACCUCGACCUCGAGGCCGCUGUCGGCCGCGGUACCGGCAUCGCCGACGGCGAGACGCCGCUCCCGGAGGAGGCAGCCCCCGAGCCCGAGGCCGACCCGGCCGUCGUUGCCCAGCUUGUCUCCAUGGGCUUCUCCGAGAACGCCUGCAAGAAGGCCGUCAUCCUCACUGGCAACGCCGGUGCCGAGGCCGCCUCCAACUGGAUCUUUGCCCACAUGGACGAUGCCGACCUCAACGAGCCGUACGUUGCCCCGGGCGCCGCUUCGGCCGCAUCCGCCGUUGCCGUCUCCGAGGACGCCAUCGCUAUGGUCUCCGCCAUGGGCUUUGAUCGUGACCAGGCCGUCGUCGCCCUCCAGCAGACCGACGGCAACGUCGAGCGUGCCAUUGAGUGGAUCUUUUCUCACCCCAACGGCCUUGAGGACGCGCCCGCAAGCACCGCCGCCGCCGCUCCGGUCUCCGAUGGCCGCGGCAUCUACACUCUCCGUGCCAUCAUCUCCCACGUCGGCUCUUCCACCCGUGCUGGUCACUACGUCUGCCACAUCCGCAAGGAUGGUGCCUUCUCGUUCUUCAACGACGAGCUUGUCGCCAUCUCCAAGAACCCCCCGCUUGACCUCGGCUAUGUCUACCUCUACGAGCGGUCUGUCCAGGUCCUCCAGUCCAUGGCUGACCUCUCGUCGGUCGAAGCUCUGGUCGCUGCCAUGGUCGACCUCACCCGUCUCUCGGAUCCACUGGAACAGCUGCCAGUGGCGGCCGAUGAUGCCAGUCCAGACACACCUCUCCGUCUACCGGGCCUUGAGGGUGCUCUACAUGCUGCCGAUGAGCUUCUGGAUGGCUUUGACUUUUUCGGCACUGUCCUCCCGUCCAUGAUCGCAAGCAUCCUCGCCCUCCCAACCCUCAUUCCCGAUCCGAAUCUUCCGGCUCUCUCUCAGGAUCAGCCCGAAACUCUCCGGUUGUCACGCGCUGGUGCGCGAGCAGUUCUGGCUGCUGCCUUUCUCGGCAUGACCGCAGCUUACGAGCGCAUCAAUGAGACGUUUAUGGCGAAACGACAGCGGAUCAGAGUUGCAACUGUUGUCUCGGACGACGACAAUGACAACGACGCUGAUGAUGGUGCUGGAGAUGGUGACGAUGGCUCCUGGGUUGGUGGCAUGUUUGGCUCGCUCUCGUUUGCUGCCGUCAUGGCGUCGGGAUCGCUGGGAGUGGGCAUGCAGCGCGUCCUCUGUAUGCUUGCUUACUUUCAUCACACGGUCGGCGUCGAGCUCGAGGGCAAGCUGGAGAUCUGCCGUCGGGUGCUGAACGAGCUCCCGCCGAUCGACUGGGCCACGUCCGAGGCUCGUCUGACUGACGUGGACGUGGCCCUCAACCAUGAUAUCAAGAUCGAAGACGUGGCGCAUGCGGGCAAGCACAUCGACUUUGCCAACCGCCAUCUCCAUAUCGGGUGCAUCAUUCCAUCGGCCACGCAAGAGGAAGUCUUGUUCUCAAUUCGGCCUGAGCUCUUUCUCGCCCUUCUCGCCACCGAGUCGCUGCUUCCGCACGAGGCUGUGGUCAUUCGCGGCGCGCCGCUCUUUGCCCGGUACUCUGGCUAUCUGCACAGCUUCCGCUACGCCGGGCCGGGCGUUGGUGCCGGCUCGGCUGCCGCGGAUCCGACCGAGAUUGUCGCUAUCGAUGCCAUCGUCGCGCACUCGGUCGGCCAGCAGCUUCGCGCCUCGUGGUUUCAACGCGACCUCAACAAGGCAUACCUCGGUUUCUCAGGCUUUUUGUUGAACGAACCUCUUUCAUCUCCGCUCCCUGCCGACGGCUGGGACCCCGCGCUGAUCUCGACCGGUAUGUGGGGGUGCGGCGUGUUUAUGUGCAACCCGACCAUCAAGUUCUGUCAGCAGCUAAUGGCCGCCGCUGUUGCUGGUUGCCGGCUUGUCUAUUCCACCUUUGGCAAGGCUGAGACAGCCAGAUCGCAUGCGGCUCUCUUUGCUGCGCUUGUGGCCGCAGACGCCUCUGUCGGCCAGCUCUACCGUAUUCUGCAGGAGCGUGAUGCGGCGCGGUGCGACCCCCUGGAUGCCUACAUUAUCAGGAUUGUCUCUGGUGAGUCUGAUGAGGGCUUUGCCGAGUAUGGCACCCGGCGCGGCUUUGGCUGGGGUGCUGACGUCCCCGGAGGCGGCUCCUUCCUUGUCCGCCUUGCCACCGACGAGUCGCACAACCACUGGGCGAGUCUGCUGGUGGACCUCCCACUGGAGCUGGGCGGACUGCGGUGCUUCACCCCGUCGCCCCUUGCCAGCACAACCCGUACUACUGGUUAUGCUGGUAACAAUGCUGGUGUGGUCAAGCCGCAGCCGGAUGCGCCUCUUCCGCAUGUCCGUCCCAAGUAUCGUCUCCCGGCUCUCGACGCUUUGCCUGAUGUCCAUGCUCUCGAUGCCGUUCUCAUCUCCUCGCCUGCUGCGAUGACUGCCCUCCCCUAUCUGGUCGCUCACAUGGGUUUUGCCGGCAAGGUCCUUGCUACUGCUGCUGCUGCUGACUUUGGCGCUAUUCUCCUCCGCGCGCUUGUCCGCGAACACGAAGCCGCCGGCUGGGACUCAGCUCCUCCGGCCGAUUUCGCCCACCCGGCUUGGGCCGACCUCCUCCCGCAAGACGCGCAAGCCUGGCGGAGUCUCUACUCACUGCGCGAUGUCGAGGUGGCGCUUGAUGCCAUCGAACGCGUCUCAUACGGCCAAAUCGUCCACCUCCAGCCCGGACUCACUGCUCUCGCCGCUCCGUCGGGCCUCGCCCUCGGUGCUUGCUGCUGGAGCCUCGAGAGCCUGCAACACAAGGUGGUCUAUCUGGCCGGCGCUUCCGCUGCCACCGGAUGCGCUCCUACUCCGCUGGACCUCGCGCCAUUGCUCGGGCCCGACGUUGUCAUCGUUUCCAACACUGCGCCCGGCCCGCACAACGCGCCUGUGCUGCCGCAGCCGUCCGACUCGAUCACGGCGCUUUGCUCGGUCAUUGGCGCCACCGUCUCGUCUGGUGGAACCGUCAUUAUUCCAGUCGAUCCCGUCGGCGCCGUCUUUGACCUCAUCGAGACCGUCACCGCUUUUCUCGCCUCGCUCUCACUCCACACCGUCUCGCAGCUCUUCAUCUCGCCGCUGGCCAAGGAAGCGCUCUCACACGCCAACAUUGCCUCAGAGUGGCUUGCACCUGAGCUUCGUGACAAAGCGUUUGUGCCAACACCGCCGUUUUGCUUCUCGUCGCUCCUUGCGUCGCGGCAUCUUGCCCACUACCGCUCACUCGAGCAGGCCAUUGCGCUCUCGCCGUUCAGCUUUGAUCCCGAUGCUCCGCGCGAGCCCAAGAUCCUCUGGGUUUCAUCGCCACACCUCCGUGCUGGUCCGGCGGCCCAGGCUCUCGCGCUCUACGCCAACUCGACACGCUCCUCGCUCGUCAUCACCCAGCCGCUCGACGAGACUGCUUUCGACGAGCUUCUGGCCCCGUUCCACCCGCUCGCGCUCAGGGUUGUCCAUGCGCCCAUCGAGCACCGGCUAGACGCUCCGCGCCUUGCCCAAGUCCUCACUCACCUUUCUCCGGGCGCGAUCGUGGCCUCAUCGGCACUCGGACUCGCGUCGUCGCUGCCUGCUCUUGCGCCGACCCUAGCUAGCAUUCCGGUUCACGAGCUCGACGACGCCGGCGCCCCGCCGCCUCUCGCUGCCACCAUCCAUCUUGCUGCUGGCUUUGACAAAGUCGUUGUCCCGCACGAGCUUGCCGCUACCUCGGCCAAACCGCUCACCUUUCACGCCACCGCUGCGCUCCCGGUCACAGCUGCGCUAGUCCCGGAUGCGACCCGAUCUGCGUUCUACCGGCUGCAGCUGCCCGACUCGGGAGCUGACCCGUUCCAGCCGCUCGGCAUCCUCUACGCCGUCCCCACCGCCACCCAGCUCGUGGAAGCGCUGCAUGCGGCAGGCAUCCACGACGCAAGCUUGCUUCUCCCGGACACAGGCUCUGGUCUUGUGCCCAUGGACGUGGCUGGCUCGUCGACGACGCCCGCAGUCAAGGCUGAGACACCGGCUGCCGCCCGGCUCGGCUUGCCGUGUAUCAUCAUCCCGUCGCUUGCUGGCUCGCAGCUCGUUGUCGGCCCCACUCAUCUGCAGGUCAAGGCUGGUUCGCCCGACGCGCACUCGCGCAUCGCCGCUGUCCUGCACGCGAUGGACUCGUUCAAGGUCCUCUGAAAGCCUUUAUGUGUUGUCGGCAAGCGCCUCGAAAAGGGUGGCGAAAAUGGCACUCUGGCCAGUCACGCCGUGGACGAGCUGCGCACACUUGGAGUUGGUCCGCAGCAGCUCAAAGAAAGCGUGGACCCGCCAGUAGGUACGGCCCUGCCGCGCCCGCCCCCUGUCUGAGACGAGGACGCGAUUGGCAAGGAGAUAUAGCUUGACAAAGUAGCCCGACGCCGUGAUGUGGCCGGUGAUGAGUGAACCCGAGCCGACACCGUUGGCGUCGACAAGGAGCACCUCGAGGAGGUCAAGACACCCGACAACGACCGCAGUCGGCGAGUCGGGGCCAAGCAGGUCCAGAAACGCCACCAGCGUCCCGUUGCCCACCAACGCUCCGAGAACCCGGCACUCGUCACGGGUCGCAAUCUCCGCCAGCAUCGCCCAUCCGAGCGAGGCCGUCAGCGAGGAGCUUGCUGCGCACCAUGUGUACAGUCGCUGGAAAAAGACCUUGGACGUCGUCAGGAGCUCAAAUAUGCCCGGGCAGGUGAGGAAGCCUUGCAGACACAUCAUCAUGUUUCCGCGGACAAGCUCGUUGAUCCGUGGCGGGUCCUGCCGCUUCGACGUCCGCAGCGAUUUGGUGAUAAAUUCCGACACGACAAGCA